GGCCAAGCUCAGCUUUCCAUUGAUUAUGCCGCGUUGCUUAGUAGCUGAGAGGAGAGUUAGUGGGCAGUAGUGGCAGCCCGUCCCCACUACCACAUCAACUCCCAGUCCCAAAUCUGCGGCCGGUCAGUCACUGUCAGGCCAAUCCGUCAAUUUCAUGUCGUUAGUGACAGUCUCACUCUCCCUUCUUCGCUUGCACCACUAAAGUUCCACCGCCUGCGAUCCUGCUGCACACACAACAACUCUUGCUUGACCUGAGAUUCCCGUCUUCGUCCACCCUUCUUGCUCGUCGACACACCUUGUUAUCAACCCGCUCCCGCAACUUGAUAUCCAUCGCCAACGCUCCAUCUUCUCGAGUUCUCACAUCUACGAGUCUCGUCGAACCUUCGCCUCCUUCAUCGGUUUCUUUUCAUUUGAACCAUCUCACCGAAACAAAUCACAAAAAUGGGUGUGGAAGAGUCCGUCUACUUGGCGAAGCUUGCCGAGCAAGCUGAGCGUUAUGAAGAAAUGGUGGAGAACAUGAAGGUUGUCGCUUCUGCCGACCAAGAGCUCUCCGUUGAGGAGCGAAAUCUCCUUUCCGUCGCCUACAAGAACGUCAUCGGCGCCCGACGUGCCUCGUGGAGAAUCGUCACGUCUAUCGAGCAAAAGGAGGAGUCCAAGGGCAACGAGGCUCAGGUCAAGCUCAUCAAGGAAUACCGUCAAAAGAUCGAGGAAGAGCUCGGAAAGAUCUGUGAGGACAUCCUUGAGGUUCUCGACAAGCACCUGAUUCCUUCUGCUCAGUCGGGUGAAUCCAAGGUCUUCUACUACAAGAUGAAGGGUGACUACCACCGUUACCUUGCCGAAUUCGCUACUGCCGACAAGCGAAAGGAGUCCGCCGACAAAUCCCUUGAGGCUUACAAGGCGGCCACCGAGAUUGCUCAGACCGAUCUUGCCCCAACCCACCCGAUCAGACUUGGUCUUGCCCUGAACUUUUCCGUCUUCUACUAUGAGAUCUUGAACUCGCCGGACCAGGCCUGCCACCUCGCCAAACAAGCUUUCGACGACGCCAUUGCCGAGCUUGACACUCUCAGCGAGGAGAGCUACAAGGACUCGACGUUGAUCAUGCAACUGUUGAGAGACAACCUGACUCUCUGGACCUCGUCUGAGGCCGAGCCACAGGAAGCCGCUGGUCAGUCAAGUGAAGCACCAAAGGAGACUGAGGCUUCGACUACUGCGGCUGAGGCGGGCACUGAGAAGGCCGAAUAGAGGGUGGAUCGUCAUCGUCACUCUUUGAUGCGUCCGUUGACAGACCUCGACAUUAACCACGUUUCUGGCUGUGCAAACAGAGGAGAUGGGUGAUGUUGGUCUGUGACAUACAGAGGACAACAACAAACGACCCCCAAGCACUCAACGAUGUUUUCCCCCUUUUGACCCCCUAUCCCCGUGAUUACCCCCCAUUACGAUAGCUCUAGCAGAUGAUACAGCAGACAUCUGCGGCGGCGGUGCGAGACCGGUCCAGGUAGCUACUCUAGACAAAAGACAGAAGAAAUAGCAAUACGAAUCGGGCGCAUCAAUUUUCUUAUUG